AAGGCCCAUAAUUGUCCCGCGAAUAGAAAAAUCCUGAAACUUGAAAUCAUAUAAAUAUAUCAACCAUUUUAGGGCUUCUCUUUGUUGUUGUGUAGAAUUGCAGAGGACAGUCGUCAAAUACACAAAACUAACACUUCGUCGGUUAAAGAAAUUAUCAAAAAUGUAUUUGCAAUUCUACAUCAACGAUAAUGGCGACAAAGUCUACACUACUAAGAAGGAAUCGCCUGUUGGUAAGGCUACACAAUCUGCUCAUCCAGCUCGCUUUUCCCCUGAUGACAAAUUCUCGAGGCAGAGAGUUCUGUUAAAGAAGCGUUUUGGACUCUUGCCUACCCAACAAGCUCCUCAAAAGUACUGAUAAUGGAUUGUAUGCCGUGCAUUUGGUGCUUGACUCUUGCAAAUCAGCUUAUGAGUGCCAAGGAGCAUUAGGAAUUGUUAGUUUAUUGAGUAAAAUAUGUAAUGGAAUGGCCGUUGUCUCUAGUAUGUUUUGCGAUCUUGAAUGCUAGAUUAUUGAGAUGUAGACGUUUUAAGGAUGUAAUUCGAAGAACAAGUCUUACCAUGAUAUAUUUCAAAUUUUAAUUCCUUGUUUCCUUGCA